GUCAAUAUAUCAUAUCAAUACAUACACAUUUACAUAUAUUUAUUUUAUUAUACGUCUAAUCUAAAUAAGCCCUAGCUAUUGUAAAUCUAUAGAUACAGAUUGUUAUUUAUAUAGGUUGUUAUAAGUUUCCAUUAUUUCAGAUCUAUAGAAACCCUAGAUAUUGUUAUAGAUACAGAUUGUUGUUUAUAUAGGUUAUAUACAGUGAAUGAUGCUCGGCCGUGGUUUACCGGCACGUACCGGUGGUUUUCGCCCCGAAAAUUUAGGUCAAGAUGCGUUAGCUAUAAUUAAAAACUUGUUUUUCACGUUUUUCGUGAUCGGAGUGUUGGUUUUUACGAUUAUAGCUGCGACGUAUGAACCGGAGGAUCCGUUGUUUCAUCCUUCGGAUAAGAUAACGAGUUUUUUGACUUCGACUUCGAAUGCCACGUUUGUUGCGGAUAGUACGGUUGUGAAAACCGGUGAGGAUUUUAUGAAGGUUAAUGAGACUGCGUUUGGGAGUAGUAUAGAUGCGCGAGAUGUGGUUAGUGCGGUUGAGAAGGACGGGGAAGGAGAGGGUGAGGAAAAGGAGGCGCGUGAUUGUAGUGGCGAGAUUGAUAAGGCGAUAGAUUGUACGGAUCCGGAAGUUUUUCAUUUGAUGAUGAGUGCUGCGAUUGAGCAGUAUAAGGAUAUACAUUUUUAUAGGUUUGGGAAACCAGUUCGUGGGAUGAAUGAUAGUUCUUGUCAUAUGGCGUGGCGGUUUAGGCCUAAAGAAGGGAAGAGGGCUGCAUUGUAUAAGGAUUAUAGGAGUUUUGUGAUUGCUAGGUCGGGAAAUUGUAGUCUUUCGGUUGUUAGUAUUGGUGAUUAUCAUUCGGGUGGGAAUGCUAGGAAGAGAAAGAAGCAUCAGAAGGCCGGGUUUGAGAAGACACCGAUGGCUGAAGACGAUAAGAACGUUGGUGUUCAAGUGGUUGGUGAAAGUGUUAAUGAUUCACUACCUGUUGUUGAAUCGGAGAAAUCGUUUGAUCAAGGGAAGUAUUUGUUGUAUAAUGGUGGUGGGGAAAAAUGUAAGAGUAUGGAUCAUUAUUUGUGGAGUUUUAUGUGUGCUUUAGGUGAAGCUCAGUACUUGAAUCGAACGCUUGUAAUGGAUUUGAACAUUUGUUUGUCAUCUAUGUAUACUAAGUCGGGUCAAGAUGAAGAAGGGAAAGAUUUCAGGUUUUACUUUGAUUUUGAGCAUUUAAAGGAGUCCGCAUCUGUCUUGGAUCAGGGUCAGUUUUGGUCAGAUUGGAACAAGUGGCAUCAGAAAGAUGGUUUAAGUAUUUCUCUCGUGGAGGAUUUCAGGGUUACUCCGAUGAAGAUGGCUGGUGUGAAGGAUACAUUGAUAAUGAGGAAGUUUGGGAGUGUUGAACCCGAUAAUUAUUGGUAUAGAGUGUGUGAAGGGGAAGCAGAGUCUGUUAUUAAGAGACCAUGGCAUAUGAUUUGGAAAUCGAGAAGAUUGAUGGAUAUAGUUUCAGCAAUAGCAGCAAAAAUGAACUGGGAUUUCGACUCUGUACAUGUUGUGAGAGGCGAUAAGGCAAAGAAUAUGGAACAGUGGCCAAAUCUUGCAGCAGAUACGUCACCUGAAGCUCUUCUGUCCUCCUUGCAAGAUAAGAUUGACGAUGGAAGGAAUUUAUAUAUUGCAACAGAUGAACCUGACACCUCGUUCUUUGACCCGUUGAAAGACAAGUACUCCACUCAUUUUCUCAAUGAAUACAAAGAUCUUUGGGACGAAAAUAGUGAGUGGUACAGUGAGAUGACAAAGCUGAAUAACGGCGUUCCAGUUGAGUUUGAUGGCUACAUGAGGGCAUCUGUUGAUACAGAGGUUUUCUUGAGGGGAAAAAAGCAAAUCGAGACUUUCAAUGACCUUACCAGGGACUGCAAGGAUGGCAUCAACACAUGCAGUUCCUCCACCAGCUGAUCCCAUACUAGAGGUUUUGAGAUCUCUCUUGUGUUUUUAUGUGAAUUUUCCAAGCUCUUGUCUUCUAGAACGCUGUUUUUUAGAAGAUCUGUUGUUAAACAUAUAGUUAAAAUAUCAAGUAGCAUGUCCCAACUUUUUAGCUUCAGUUUUUUUUUAGGUUGUCGUUGAUCAAGACUAUGUGAUACUCCUUCCGGAUAAAUUUACUGGUUGUUGUAUUUCAUUAAGAAUAUGUGAUAUUGUCUUUUGUUUUAAAA